GUGAGAAACGAAAACUGUCCAAAAAGACUACGGGCACACCGCGGCUAACAGGAGGCUUCAGGAGGAGAGCCGGCUGCUCGUUGUUGUCGGCCCGGCCGUCGCGGAGUGUCAACAAACGAUAGGGGCAGGGGGCAGGAUUGGCGAGCAGCUGAGGGAGGAACGCGGCGGGUAUUGUUGUUGCCAACCUGCGGAUGUCGAGGAACGAAACGAACUUUUCUAAAAUAAAAAUAUUACACCGACAUUAGGGAAUAUGUAAAGUUUUAAUCACUGAAAUAUACAUUAUGUUCAACUUCAAGUAAAAUUUCUUGCGUUAUUAUGUUUGAAAGAGAUGUGAUAUCAAAUUUUAAGGUUGGUCUGACUUUGUUUUGCCAUCUUGCCCACCGCCAUUCUGUGUUUGUGUGAUAUUUUUCUCGCUCAUUCAAAAGUUCGACCACGGUGCCAGGUAAGUGGCAGGACAACAGAAAUCCACUUUAACUGCGUUGUGAGUUUUGUUAAUUCCGGUUGAAUGACACAGGGAGAGGUUAUUAUGGCGCCACGACAGCCGUAUGCCCUCAUUUUUUCGAAUGACCCCCCUGCCGCUGAUAUUGCCCGUAAGGAUUUAAUUGUACUUGGCCCGUUCGAGAAAGGAGCCGAGUGUCGGUUCAAAUGGGCGGAUCCGAAACUUCAGCCAAAAAAGGACAAGGACAAAAGUAAGCCGAAGCCCCCGCCAGUGUAUGUGGAGGUAGAAGGCCGGAUUAUUGAAACUGGUACGAAAGUUAAUUUGUCAAAGCUGCAAGUAAGUGAUCAUGGUGAAAUUGUUGAAUCUGGUGGAGUGGGCACGAAGGCUCAAGAGAUUAAAAGACUAACUACCCUUCAAAACAAUGCGGAAGUGAACCAUCUCCAGGAUGUAGCAGAGGAAAUGCUGAGUAAUGGACCAGCUGCAACAUACCAGAGAGUUCCUGUUGUAUCAAGACUUCCAAAGAAAAGAAGUGCCGCUGCUAAAAAGAAAAUUAAGUCAGACCUGUAUAGGCUUCCAUGCCUUAAACCACACAGCAAUAGGGUUCAUAGUGAGAUCAGAAACUUGUGUGCCACCAUUGACGAUCCAGGUACUCCCGCAAAACGGCGAAGGGUAGAAACCACCCCCGCCGGGCUCGGGUAUGAUAAGUACCUGGAAGUAUCAGAUGUGGACGACGUAGCUGAUGAACUAGAGAGGUAUCUGCAUGAGCCGAUUUAG